CGUUAUUUAUUAUCGCUUUGUUGGUGCAGCGGUCUUGACUCGACGUGAUACAAUAGCCGUAAUUAGCCGUCCGGUAGCGCUCGAUCAAAAUAGCGUCGCCGAUACGUCGUGUACCGGUCACCGCACACCUUUCCCGGGGGCAGGCAGCAGGCCACCAUGUCACGAUCCAAAAACCUCAAAGCCUUUCUGGAGUCGUCCCUGAACGAGAUCUUUAAGGCCACCGUGAAUGACAUCUUGGACUCGGUGGAGCAGACCCUGUCCGAGUACCAGGAGCGGAUCCGGCACAUGGAGACGGAGAACGAGAGCCUUAGACGGAGGCUGGUGGGCCCGGAGGAGCCGCGGGAGGCCGGGAUAAAGGUCCAGCAGAAAGGCAGUGUCCUCCUAGGUUCCGCCAAUGAGGUAUGGUGCCUCCGCAAGCAGCCAGAUGCUCAGAGACGAGUGUCCCGGCGCACCAUGGCAUGGAGAGAGAUCCGCGUGGGAGAGGACCAUUUUCUGGAGCAGCACAAGACCGAGAAGCAGGAGAUGAGCGACUGCGGUAGCGGUGAGGAGCGAGAGGAUGAGAGCAAGUUGCUCACGGGGGUGGCACUCGAUGGCGAUCACGACGCCUCUGGCACGCUGGUGUCAGCGGGUACAAGCCCGAGUCUGAACCAAGUGCCAGACAUGGAUGAUGUCUGUGCCGUGGACAUGACCAAAGCGAAGCUUCCGUCCGGAGUAGUGGCCAUGCAGAUAAAGACCGAGAACUGUGACGCCGGGUACAUAAACCCAGAUCAUUAUGUGAACAUGAGCUCACCUGGCAGUGCAGAGCUGGAUUCCAGAGAGAGUGACUGCGAAGUGAGUGUGACGAUCAUAUCCGACCAUCACCUUAACGCAGGACUCAGCGAUAACGAGGCCUCUGAUGUGGGGGAGUCGGAGGUACAGGAGGCAGAUGCUAGGUCAGAGGAGGGGGGGGCUGAUAAGGAGCUGGCAGUGGAAAAUCUGUCUCAGGUACUUUUUUCAGACCUGGCCGUGGAUAUAGGUGGCAGAGCGGGUGAGGAUCUGUCUGUGGAACAGCAAGAUCCAGAAGGUUCUGGGAGCCCCCGGGCCUCCACCUCUGCUGGGGUUCUAGAUGCUGCUGAGUCCCCCAGAAUCCCUCAAGGAAUCUAUCACUGCUCCCUCUGCGAUAAGAGUUUCGGUCGCAUGGGCUCGCUUAACAUCCACCUGCGGACGCACAGUGGGGAGAAGGCGCACUGCUGCAACUACUGCGGCAAGCGCUUCAGCCGCGCUGACCUGCUGAAGGCGCACAAACGCACACACACCGGCGAGAAACCGUACAGCUGUAACGUAUGCGGGAAGAGCUAUGGGCAGCCAGGCCAGCUCAGGAUCCACAAGCGCGUGCACACCGGCGAGCGGCCUUACUGUUGUCCGCACUGUGGCAAACGCUUCAGUGAGCACAAUCAGCUCAAGGUGCACCUGCGCACUCACACGGGGGAGAGACCCUACCAUUGUGGCUACUGUGAAAAGUCCUUCAGCAAUGCAGGGAACCUGAGGAUGCACCAGAGGAUCCACACUGGAGAGAAGCCCUAUGGGUGCUCGCAGUGCGGAAAGAGGUUCAGUGGCUUGGGAGACCUCAAAACGCACUACAGAGUGCAUACGGGGGAGAGACCUUACCAUUGUACUCUUUGCGAAAAGACUUUCAGUCAAGCUGGGCAUUUGACCAUACAUAUGAGGAUACACACGGGCGAGAAGCCGUAUACCUGCAAGGACUGCGGCAAGAAGUUCAGCGUGGCGAGCAGCUUGAAGCUGCACCUGCGCACACAUACGGGCGAGAAACUGUACAGCUGCUCCUACUGCAAGAAGAGCUUCAGCCGCUCCGGGCAUCUCAAACGGCACGAGCAAGUGCACACGAAGGAGAAGCUGUACUCCUGCAGUGAAUGCGGCAAGACGUACAGCGAUCAGUCGACCCUCAAGAAACACGUAAAGACUCACACGGAAGGGGCCCUCAUUCAGAACGACGAGCUCUCCAACGAGUCUGACGGCUCGCUCAACCAGCUGCAGAUUCAGACGGUCGAGAUCAUGUAGCGUGACAGACUCUCUACAUUUUACCAGAAAUUUACAAUGAUUAUUUUUGUGAGAUGAACACUUUUGUUAAUGUCUUGGACCCAAGUGUGUGGUUUUAUAAGUAUUUUUACCCUGGAGUUCAAAUGAAGGCUCACACGUAGUUAACACUAAGAUGUAGGGAAAGCCAGACACCCAGUGACACUGACCUCACACAGUUCUCUACUGUACUUAAUGUCAUGUCAUAUCCAAGUCUUUUGGACGUCUUUGUUUUGUAUGUAAUAGCUCAGAAGGAAACCUAUUGAGUAUGAUUUAGUUUGUGUGGGAGGUGUUCUGCUGGGGGUGUGUUAGAGUAUUAAUGAACAACAAUGCGAGCAUAGUUGUGUCUAGGAAAAUGCCCUUUUUUCUUACCCCUCAAGCCUAAUAAAAUCCUAUUAACCAGC